UGAGUGGGGAAACACUUUCUUUCAACUUUCUCUCUUUCUCUCAACGUUAUUGACAUCACCGUUGGACACACAGAAGUGAAGUGAGACGAAGCAAAACCAAACCAGAAGAAGCACACAGAUCUGACAGAGUGCUGGACAAUGACUUCGCACCCCAGAGUAGUUUACAAAAGGAGGGAGACUAUCACAGAGCUGCCUCUCUACUACUCUGGAGAGCUGCUAAAGAAACACAACAAGGACAAGGAGUUUAAGAAGUACUAUGCCGAGCUCCGGGGAGCCUCACUCUUCCUGUACAAGGAUCAGACACAAGAUACAUACACGGAGAAAUUGGACCUGGAAAAGCUGAAGUCCAUGGAGUUAAAUGCUCCAUAUGAGAAGAAGGCACCAACUAUCUUCACUCUCAAGCUGCACAAAGAGGAGGUGCAGCUGAAGAUGGACAAUCCUGACACAGGAGAGGAGUGGAGGGGUUACAUCCUGACUGUGAUCCAUAAAGAGAUUCCCAGUAAGCUGCUGCUGCUGCCUGGACAGAUAAUGCAGCUGGAGGAGGUUCUGGCUCAAGAGAAGAGACGAAACCCCCAGAUGGCGCAUCCACCUCUUCCACCCCGACCAGCAUUCCUACGGCCUGCAGGGACACCCCCAUCUAUACCGUCCAGAGACAACGUAGCUAAAACCCCUGAGGUUCCUGCGUGUUUGUUAAAUGUGACUCGGCAGGAGGCUGAACAAAUGUUGGAGGCAAACCCUGAGUACGGAAGCAUGAUCCUCCGUCCAUCCACCCUUGCCAACAACUACGCCCUGACCCUCAGACAAAUGAAGUCCAGUGGGCCUGUCAUGAAGAACUUCAGAGUGACCUCCACAAGCUCAGGCUUUGUGAUUGAACUGGACACACCAGUGACCGUCGCCUCCUUGAAUGAUGUACUUCAAUACUUCACUGAGAAGACAGAGUACCGUCUUUUCCCCUACAUGUCAUCUAAACCCUACGACACUCACAUCGAUUUGUCACCUCCUCCGAAGUGCAUCAGCCUGACCUCACCUACACCUAAAACAGUACCCAAGGCACAAGUCUCACCUAUGCUGCAGUCAAAGACCAAAGAAAAACCUCUACCCUGUCCAACCAAGGCAGUGGAAAAUGAAUAUGUACUUCCUGAUGAGCAAAAGCCUGGUGACCACAAACAAAAAAAAGUUCAUUUUGAUGGAGAGCUUCGUGAAGCUAUAAAAUUACGGAGGGGCACCAUCGAUUCUGACAGUGAGGUGGAAGAAGCUGGCACCAGCUACAAGAACACGACGAGUAAAAAAAAAGCAGGGUGGGCUUCUACAGCGUGAGGCACGCGCUGACGUUGCCUCACACAAACUUCAUGUCUGACAAUUUAAUGUUUAACUUUUUAAACCCAGCUGUAGCAAACACUCUGCCACCUUGACUGCUGUGAAAAUCGUUCAAAAUGCUCAUGACAAACUGAAAAAUAUGUGAUGUGGCAGUUAAAUUAAAAUGAAAGAGGAUUCAAACUUAGUUUAAGUACAGCUUAAAAACUUAAAUUACUUUGGGGCCCAUUGACCAGCGCAGGUUGUUCUCUCCUCAGGUGGCUGCUUUAACACAGAAAAACCAAAAUAGCAAUACCAACUAACAGCUGUCCAGGCGCACCAGUGCAGCGUUUAUGCUGUCAAGCUGCUUAGUCCACAGCCUUGCUUGUGGUACUGUGAGGCUGUACUUCAGUGCUUUCAGCUUAAUGCUAACGUCUGCGAAUCAGCACUGAAAAAUGGGAAUGUUUUUGUAUAAAAUGUUGACUUGAUGAUGGAGCUAGAUGAAAAGUCAGGGGGUCAAAAUGUUCGGAGUUCAUCCUCUGGGGAUCAUGAAUGUCUGUACCACAUGACUUGGUAAUCCAUCCAAAAGAGGACGACGAGUUAUUACAAUAAAAAGACUUCAUGGUGGCGCUAGAAGAAAAGUCAAAAGUCAACCAUUACAAUACAUCAUCUGUGACCUAUGAAUGUCUGUAGCCUACAACAUGUUGUUACUGUAAGUAAAUGUCGAGAUACUUCACUGACACAGAACACAGAAAAAGCUAUGACCAGCUGGUGAACGCCAGAGAAAAAGUCAGACGAUCAAAGUCAUUACUGAAAAUGUAUACUGUGGGGAACUUGAUAUAUUUAGGAUAUCUCAGUCUGGACCAAAGUCGUGGACUGACAGACCCAACAUUCCCACUCCAAAUGAGCUGUCUUACCAAAGAAUGAAAUAUUAAUAAAAAGAGACCAUGGAAGCUAAAAAUUCAAAAUGACAAGAAAAAUUUUAAAAGCAUAUUUCUGGGCUAAAUCUAGAGAUAGAUUCUGAACACAUGCGGGAUCUCACGGUAGGAUCUGGUCCUUGAGCGGUUUGUUUGAGACCUCUGCUAUCACAAUGCACAACACUGACACAGGAUAUCAUCAUAUUUCGUUUUGAUGAAAUAUUGUUUACAAAUCACUGAAUUAAGCUGUAAAUGUUUAGUCAUGUACAGAGGUAUAUAAAUGUUGUUUCUAAAUGAUGGAUGAUAUGUACUUAAGAGUUCUUUGAUACAGUUUUAUGACCAAGAUUUCAAUAUGAUUUUAACUAGAGCUGUAUCUAUGGAAUGUCAGAAAAUAGUCAAACUAGUCUUCAAAUAGUUUUUCUGGACCAAAACAUACAAAAAAAGGGAUAACCAAACCAGAGAUAAUUUGUUUUCUGAUCAUAUUCAGGGAAAAAACUGCUCAUCCUCACAUUUGAGAGCAGCAAAUGUUGUAAAUAUUAAGCAGCAAUUUUCUUUUUCGAAUCAUUGCAGCUCCAAUUUCAACUACAUGCAGUAUCGAUGCUCUUUGUCACACAGUUAUCGUGAAGGUUAUCAUGCUUUUCAGUUGUAGAUUAAAAGUGUAAAAGUAAAA